AGGGCAGAAGGAGGAGGAGGUGACGGACCUGCUCCUUCGGGACUCGAACUACAGACUAGUGCGGGGUGCUAUCGCUCGGCUCGCCUCACAAUCUCGUACCCUAAAAUGUGCGAUAAGGCAGAGUAGCGACCGCGGAGCGAAGCGCGGGACCGUUUGGAUUGGAGUGGCGACGGAUCGUCAGAUUUCAUGGAGAUACUGACACAAAACCUCUGGAUUAUCUGACUUGGACUUUUAAAAGUGCCGUUUGGUUGGAUAGCAGUGACCUGGCCGUUGCUCUAGCUGGAGUCGAGUUGGAUCUUCAGUCAUGGCGGACCAGGAGGAGACCUUUAGCCUCCAAAACUCUCCCGGCGGAGGCUCGGACUCAAGAGAGGUCCAAAGCGAGAAGCCCGAGAAACAGAACGGAACCGUCAGCAAAUCUCCAUCCUCGCAAACGACGUACAUUCAGCAGGGAAUGGAAGGAAUUAAAGUUUACCUACACGAACGUGAACUGUGGAUGAAGUUUCACGAAGUGGGGACCGAGAUGAUCAUCACCAAAGCCGGAAGGAGGAUGUUUCCGAGUUUCAAAGUGAAGGUGACGGGACUUAACCCCAAAACUAAAUAUAUUUUGCUCAUGGACGUGGUUCCUGCAGACGACCAUCGAUACAAGUUUGCUGAUAAUAAAUGGUCCGUGACCGGGAAGGCCGAGCCAGCCAUGCCCGGGAGACUCUACGUCCACCCGGACUCUCCGGCCACCGGAGCUCACUGGAUGCGGCAGCUGGUCUCGUUCCAGAAGCUGAAACUGACCAACAACCACCUGGACCCGUUCGGACACAUCAUCCUGAACUCGAUGCACAAGUAUCAGCCGAGGAUCCACAUAGUCAAGGCGGACGAGAAUAACGGCUUCGGCUCCAAAAACACGGCCUUCUGCACCCACGUCUUCCCAGAGACCGCCUUCAUCGCAGUCACCUCCUAUCAGAACCACAAGAUUACGCAGUUGAAGAUUGAGAAUAACCCGUUCGCCAAGGGCUUCCGUGGGAGUGAUGACAUGGAGCUGCACCGGAUGUCGAGGAUGCAGAGCACCAAGGACUAUCCUGUCGUUCCUCGGAGCACAGUGCGGCAAAGAGUGGGCUCCAGUCAGAGCCCUUUCAGUGGAGAUGUCCAGGGCAUGGCUACCCCCAGCACCUUGAGCUCCCACUACUCCCAGUGUGAAAACGGGGUCACCAGCACUUCCCAGGACAUGCUGCCUCAGUCGGGCUCCUAUCCUCACCCACACGAACACAGCCAGGACUAUCACUGCAUCAAGAGAAAAGCGGUGGAUGAUGACUGCCAUCCAGGGGAGCACAGUUACAAGAAAGCCUACCUGGAGAGUUCGUCUAGCGAGGAGGACCAUUAUUACCGGCCCGUCGCCUACGCUCAAGGUCUCGGACUGGCCAGCGGACCGUACCGCAGCGAGUCCAGCCAGCGGCAGGCUUGUAUGUAUGCAAGCUCCUCUCAGGGAGCUGAGGCGGUUCCCAGUUUGGAGGACAUCAGCUGCAACACGUGGGCCAGCGUCUCCCCCUACGGGAGUUGCUCCGUCACCACCAUGCAGCCCAUGGAGCGGCUGCCCUACCAGCACUUUUCUGCCCACUUCACCUCAGGAUCUUUGGUGUCCAGACUGGGCGGAGUAGGAAGUCACCCCUCCCCACAGCUUGGCGAUGGCCAUCACGCUGCUAUGUACCAGAGCUCCAUGACCCACCAGACUCUGGGCCGCCAGUGCAGUCUUGGGGCCGGGAUUCAGUCCCCGACGGCAGGACUGCAAGGAAACGAGUACCUCUAUUCGCACGGCAUACAACGCACACUAUCUCCACACCAGUACCACGCAGUCCACAGCGUCAGUACCAUGCCAGAGUGGAAUGAGAACAGUUAAAAGAAGCUUUUGGGGAAAUAAAAAUAAUGAGAAAUUAAAGAGAAAGGUCAAACCAGCAAGGUUUUAGAUGCAUUUAUAUUUAUAUUUUUAUAGGAUGUAAUGCUUUUUAUCAUUCUAGGAAGAUGUUGAGUAGGUACUGAAGCUUCAUAUCACUUGUUGCCACGUCGUCUGCACUUAUAAGAAGCUGGAUCUGAACAAAGACUUCCCAGAGACAAGCAGAAAGUCCAGCUGUGUAAAAAAAAACAUAACAAAAAACGAACAAAAAAAAGAAAUGGAAUUGAUUGUUCCUUUUCAUUGAUGUUUGCAGUUUCGGUGAUAAAUGGACUUGCUUCCUUCUUUUUUUUAAGUAAAAACGUUCUGUUGUUUUGUAAAAAAGAAAGCUAUG